AUGGCACAUAAAGUUAAAACGAAUCACUACGUCGCUACUCAUAGAUCAGGGGUGGACUCACCGUCGUCUGGGGGAUUUAUACACAGAGCAUCAUCGAGGGAUGAAAACGACAGCCACCGAGCACCCUCUGAAAGGACGCUAUCGGAAUACACGACGAUAGACGAACGGAAACGCUCUCCCUCCGGCGAACAUAGAAGUGGCAAGAGACACAAUGGUUCACCACGAGACUCUGGCUCCGAGGUGUAUGUCACCAGCGCCGCUUAUAGACCACCCUCGGAGAUCAGUCGUCAGUCGCGCGCCCCCCGCAGCGUGUACUCGUACCGUAGCGCAGUGGCGCCCUCUCUCGCCUCCACACACCGCUCCAAGGUGUCCAGGAAGGCGGGUGUUCGUGUGGAGGCCAUGUCAGCUCCCAACCCUUUCUGCCCCAACGUGAAGGGCAUGUGUUGUCUGAUGCUGCUCCUCAACCUUGGCCUCAUACUCGUAACGCUAGGGUUCGUCAUCGUGUUACAAUUCUUUGAACCUCUAUUCGUUUGGAUCCUAGGCAUAGUGUUCCUCAUCUUCGGUUUCAUCACGCUGGUGGGUAGUCUUAUAUACUGCGUAGUUUUAUGUAGAGAGAACCCUUACCCGCGUUACCCAGACCACUUCUAUUGGACCCAUCACUGGUCAAAAACCAUCGGGCCUUCGGAGAUACACUACACCAGUGAGAAGCCUUACAGACAGACGGACAACAGAUAUAAUAAAUAUAACGGGAAGUAUUCAGACAGAGAGAGCGCUAAAGGAUACUCGGAUAGGGAGAGCAAACUCAGCCGAUACUAG